AUGUCCGCCGCCAUUCAGAGCGCGGAGCAUAACCACACUGACCCGGAAAAGCCCACCAAGCACAAAAUGCAAGUCUCUGAGAAAGACGAAGAUGCCUCAAGUGCGAAGCGCGACUCGGUGGAUAGCGGGUCCAUGCAGUCCACCUACGACCACACCCAUCGCAAGCUCAAACCCCGUCACGUUCAAUUGAUCGGCAUCGGAGGUACCAUCGGCACGGCCCUGUACGUCCAGAUCGGUUCGGGUCUGCGCACCAGCGGGCCUGCCAGUUUGUUCAUCGGUUUUAGUCUUUGGAGUUGUGUGAUUUUGAUCAUCACCGUCUGUACGAUUCACCCUUCCCAGCCCUUUGCGUCCUCGAACUCCAAUGCGCCAACAAUUGCCCCUGUCCCCAAAAAGGAAACUUACCAUUCAUUAGGUCUGGCCGAAAUGGUAACCUAUCUCCCCAUCUCGUCGCCGUUUAUUCGCUUCGCCGGCCGCUAUGUCGAUGAAGCCCUAGGUGUCGCCGCCGGAUACAACUUCUUCAUCUUCGAGGCAGCCUUGGUGCCCUUUGAAGUCGUCGCCGUCAGUCUGAUCGUCAGAUAUUGGACGAACGUGAUCCCCGUGGCUGCUAUGAACGUGAUUGUCCUGGUCCUCUAUGGAGCACUCAAUUUAUUUGCCGUCAAAUGGUACGGCGAAGCAGAGUUCUGGCUUUCUCUAGGAAAAGUCUUGCUCAGUAUUGGUUUGAUCUUCUACACGUUCAUCGUCAUGCUCGGCGGAAACCCACUCGGAGACCGUUUCGGCUUCAGAUACUGGAACGAGCCCGGUGCGUUCAACGAAUACUACAAAACAGGAGAUACAGGCCGCUGGCUCGGCGUUCUGGCCGCCGUCAUCACGGCAAGUUUCACCAUUGCCGGCCCAGACUAUGUCUCCAUGGCAGCCGGUGAAACCAUCAACCCACGCAGGGUGCUUCCCAGGGCUUUCAACGGUGUUUUCUACCGUUUAACCGCCUUUUUCGUGCUGGGUGUGUUGUGCGUGGGUAUUCUGGUCCCCUACAACGAUCAGACUAUGGCCGAUGCUUUCGACAAUGACAAGCCCGGUGCCGCGGCCUCGCCCUAUGUCAUCUCAAUGGAUCGCUUGAAGAUCCCCAUCCUACCAGAUAUCGUCAACGCAGUCGUCCUGACAGCUUCCUUCAGCGCGGGAAAUAGUUACAUGUACUGCGCCAGCCGCAGUCUCUAUGGCCUCGCACUCGAAGGCAAAGCACCGAAGAUCUUGACGAAAUGUACCAGCCGCGGCGUCCCAAUCUACUGUGUCUGCAUCGUGCUCGUCAUCGCCCUCCUCAGCUUCCUACAAGUCUCCAACAGCGCGGCAGUCGUGCUGAAUUGGUUUGUCAACUUGGUCACCGCUUCUCAACUAAUCAACUUCUCCGUCGUGACAUUCACCUUCAUCCGCUUCAAGAAAGCCCUCGAUGCGCAAGGAAUCCCCAGAGAAUCCCUGCCGUAUCGAAGCUGGUUCCAGCCGUAUAUCGCUUACGUCGCUUGCACUUGCACUACCAUCAUGGCGUUUGUCGGUGGCUACACCGUCUUUUUGCCGGGAAAUUGGUCCAUCCCGACAUUCCUCUUCUCGUACACCAUGAUCGGCGUUUUCCCGAUUUUGUAUUUCGGUUGGAAAUUCUUCCACAAGACGAAAUUCCUCAAGCCUGAGGAGGUUGAUCUUGUCUCUGGUGUUGUGGAGAUCGAAGAGUACACGAGGGAUUUCGUGACCCCGCCGCCCAAGACCGUGUUGCAUAAGUUUUUCAACAUGAUCUUCGAGUAA